AUUAUUAAAUGAAAAAAAGUGUAAUCCUCAAGAGAGGAAUUUGAAUUUUGCAAGAAUGAUUCUUCCUGCAUGCACAGCAACACCAAUACAGCAUUCUCAGCCUCCAAAACCAGCUUCACCUAUUCCACUUCCAAAACAAGCAAACCCCACUUUUUCUCCCUAUAAUCCCAACACAAACCAAAGCUUCUCCCUGAGACACAACACCAAACACACCGACCCCACCGUGGCAUGGACCUCCUCCAUAGCUCACCACUGCCGAAGUGGCCAACUGGUUGAAGCUGCUUCCACAUUCGUGCGCAUGAGGGAAGCUGAGGUUGAACCCAAUAACAUCACUCUCAUCACGCUACUCUCUGGUUGCGCUCACUAUCCUUCUCCCAGCAGCGUCUCCUUUGGAGCCACGGUGCACGCUUACGCUCGCAAACUGGGCUUGGACAUGAACGAUGUCAAGGUGGGUACGGCAUUGAUUGACAUGUACGCCAAAUCCGGUAAUGUGGAUUCAGCUAGAUUGGUUUUCGAUCAAAUGGGUCUCAGAAAUUUGGUGUCUUGGAACACGAUGCUUGAUGGGUACAUGAGGAGUGGGGAAAUUGAAGAUGCACUCCAACUGUUUGAUGAAUUUCCUGUGAGGAAUGCCAUUUCUUGGACCGCACUCAUUGGCGGGUUUGUGAAGAAAGAUUAUCACGAGCAAGCGCUGGAGUGCUUUCGAGAAAUGCAGCUCUCUGGGGUGGCUCCUGAUUAUGUGACUGUUAUUGCUAUCAUUGCGGCGUGCGCCAACUUGGGUGCGCUCGGUCUUGGGUUGUGGGUGCAUCGACUUGUGAUGACACAAGACUCUUUAAAGGACAAUGUUAGAGUUUCCAACUCUUUGAUAGACAUGUAUGCUCGAUGUGGGUGUAUAGAGAUUGCUCGUCAGGUGUUCGACGGAAUGCGUCACCGAACCAUGGUAUCAUGGAACUCUAUCAUUGUGGGUUUUGCUGCUAAUGGGCUUGCAGAUGAGGCUCUGAGUUUCUUCAAUUCAAUGCAGAAGGAAGGGUUUGAGCCAGAUGGAGUCAGCUACACAGGUGCUCUGACCGCGUGCAGUCAUGCUGGACUAAUUGAUGAGGGGCUCAGAAUCUUCAAUAAGAUGAAGAGAGUUCGUAGAAUUGCACCUAGAAUAGAGCAUUAUGGUUGCCUGGUUGAUCUCUAUAGUAGAGCUGGGAGGUUGGAGGAGGCUUUGGAUGUAAUUAAGAAUAUGCCAAUGAAGCCAAACGAAGUGGUGUUGGGGUCAUUGCUUGCUGCUUGUAGGACCAAAGGGGAGAUUGGGUUGGCUGAAAAGGUGAUGAAGUAUCUUGUUGAAUUGGACCCCGGAGGGGAUUCCAAUUAUGUGCUUCUUUCUAACAUAUAUGCAGCGGUUGGAAAGUGGGAUGGUGCAAACAAGGUUAGGAGGGCAAUGAAAGACCGCGGUAUACGAAAGAAACCAGGCUUUAGUUCCAUUGAGAUUGACUCCAGCAUUUACAAAUUUGUGGCGGGUGACAAGUCUCACGAGGAGAAUGGGUCUAUUUACGCAUCGUUGGAACUUCUUUCCUUUGAACUACAACUAUGUGGCUAUGUUCCUGAUUUCUCUGAUAAAGAAACUUAUGAGGAUGAUUGAAUUUUGUAAUCAAGUUACUCAAUUUGUUAACAGAUCUACUAAUUAAGUUAUAGAAGGUGAUUGAUAUACAUUGUGGACGUGUAAAAGAUUAAAUCACUUUUUGAAAUGGAGAGAGUGUAAUCUUUUGUGCCUUUUGUUGCUGAUGGUUUCAUGCCAUCAAGCAAUUUCCAUUCC